CCGGCGCUGGUCAGGCGGCAGCGGCGCUGCUCGAGUUUCUGCGGCGGAGUUUCUGAGUUUGGGCGACUCGGCGACGGGAUGCAGAUGUCGAGGUUAGCGCAGAGAGCCAAAGCGCUGUCCACCUGUUUCUCCCAGACGCGGCUGUUUGGAAAUGGCACAGCAGUUCUACGGAAGAGUGAUGAUGACCGUGCCCCCCAAGCUCGCUUCUUCCCCCCGUUACAGGAGCCGAUGCUUCUCCCGGGGACUUUUAAAAACAAGGUGGCCUUCAUCACAGGAGGAGGGACAGGACUGGGGAAAGGCAUGACCUUCACUCUGUCCUCUCUGGGGGCAGAGUGUGUUAUAGCCAGCAGAAACCUGGAUGUUUUGAAGGCAACUGCAGAGGAAAUCUCCAGUCAGACUGGCAAUAAGGUUCACCCUGUGCAGUGUAACGUGAGGGACCCGGACUCUGUAAAGGCUACUGUAGACCAGAUGGUCAAUGAUGUUGGACUCCCUGAUGUGGUGAUCAACAAUGCAGCAGGAAACUUCAUUUCCCCAUCUGAAAGGCUCUCAGCCAAUGCUUGGAAGGCCAUAACAGACACAGUUUUAAACGGCACAGCCUACAUCACCCUGGACAUUGGGAAGCGCCUCAUUGCAGCUCAGAAAGGUGCAGCAUUUCUGUGUAUCACCACAAUCUAUGCUGACAGCGGCUCUGGUUUUGUGAUGCCCAGUGCAUCUGCCAAGGCAGGAGUUGAGGCUUUGUGCAAGUCUCUGGUAGCAGAGUGGGGGCGGUACGGCUUGAGGUUCAACAUUAUACAGCCAGGGCCAAUCAAAACCAAGGGUGCCUUCAGCCGCUUGGAUCCCACUGGCAAGUUUGAGAAGUUGAUGAUUGAGAGAAUACCAGUGGGUCGCCUGGGCACUGUAGGAGAGAUUGCCAACCUAGCUGCCUACCUCUGCAGCGACUAUGCCAGCUGGGUGUCGGGUGCGACUAUCAAAAUAGAUGGCGGUGAAUACUCGUUUAUGGCUGGUGAAUUUAAUUCACUUAGUUUGGUCACAAAGGAGCAGUGGGAUGUGAUGGAGGCCAUAAUCAGACAGACAAAGGGAUCCUAAUGAUCAAACCUAAGGAUGGCAGACAGCUGAGUUCACUGCAUGUGAGCUAAUUUGACAUGCAGUUCCAGUGCAUGUCAGAAGUGUUCAUGUAGCUCUUUCAUGUAAAUGCAGUUAUAAUGCAUAUAAUUAAGCGUGCCAUAGAAUGUCCAUCAUAAAAAAUUCACUUUACAUUUGAUCACACUUUAGAUGCAGUACACAGUGGCAGACCUGAGUUGAGAUUUCAUUGCCUUUUUGAAUAGCAUUUUUUAUCAUGUCACAUCAAAUUGUUUUCCACAUGUUUUCAUGCUUAACUUUGUGCCUUUGAUAAAAAUAGAGGAUUUUUAAAAA